AUGUUAUUAAUAAUUCACAAUUUGCCAAAUAAGAUGCGGUAUGCUGAUGUGAAAUCACUUAUUAGGGACAGAUGCGGUUUGACUGAAAUAAUACUCGACAAUCUUACAUAUGUACAUCCGGAUAGUUAUAAAGUAACAGUAGGGUUAACUGAUGAGAACGAUGCAACAAUUCUCUUUACAAACCUUAAUGGACUGGAUUGCAUGGGUCAAAAAUUAUUUGUAGAAGAUUUGCGAAAUAAGAAGCAAUCUUCCAAAAAUCUUGAUUGUACUGGAGGAAUCCAAAUGCAACAAAAGCAGCGGGGUAAUAAUAUUGGAGGAGUUCAAAACAAGAUUUCUGGAACACAACCUAUGCCAGCGAAGUCAUUCUAUGUCCCAAUGAAUACCUACAGUAACCCAUUUGAUUUGCAAUCUAACCAAGAAAGUCCUUAUCAACAUCUAGCACCAGUUUUUCGAGAACCCGAUAGUAUGAUGAAUACACAGCCUCCAGCUACAUACAACACAGGCGUGGGUGGCAAGUAUGGUGCUUCUUGCACGACUAUAAUACCGAAUACCAAUCCUUCAUCUUACAAUGUUUCGUCUAGUUUCGGUAAUGAUUAUGAUCAACAAGGGAUUUAUAAUACGAACGAUUCUCAAUCCAAUUCCAUUUCUUACUCCGCAAAAAAGCCAUUUUAUCAAUCUUAUAACGUAAAUCAAGAUAAUUCAAGAUAUUUUCAAAAGAAAAACGAUGAACCACUUACAUCAGACAAUCGUCGAAGCUUGGACAAGCAUACUCGUGAUACGAGCGAGCGCAGCAAAAGAAUGCCCCCUAUAAGGAACGAGCGGGAGGCCUAUGAAUCCCACAAUCGUUCCGAUACUUCGAAUGAAAGGCGAUUGGACGAUUGGAAACGUUCUGAUGAUUUUUCUAGACGCUCGGAUAGUUAUAUUAGCUAUCCUGUAGACAGAAAUAAUAAGCGCAGGGACAAUCAUACUGAUAGAAAUCAAGGACAGGUUGGAGACGAUUUUUCUAGACACUCGGAUAGUCGCAAUAGCUAUCCUAGUGAUAGAAAUAAUAAACGCAGAGACAAUUAUAGCGAUAGAAACCAAAGAGAGGCUGGAGACACGUACAAUCGCUCCUUUGAUAGAAAUUACAAAGACGACGUGCGUGGUAAAAGAAUAGGUAACAACUAUUCACAACAUUCAAGUAGUGGUUACAAUACUUACAGCUCUGACCAUAGCGGUCAGUAUGAUAAAAGUGCAUAUUCAGGUGGUGACUACAAUCGUCCCAAAAGCCUGAAUCCUAGACAGACCGGUAAUAAUUCCUUUAUUAAUCGGAGUAACUCACAAGGCAAAAACGAAUUCGGCCAAUCAUACAAAGCAAACCCCAGAGGUAUCGCAUCUGACCAAAGCUUCGGAACCCGUAAGCUCGAUAUUAAUAAUAAACAAAACCCUGCGCGAUAUCAACAACAGUUUCCUUACAGUCGAGGAAAUGAUUUUAAGGAAUCACGUAAACCGAUGAAUGCGCCACCACAAGUUCCGCAGUAUUCAAAAAAUAAGGAAGUUCCUCAGGCUCUUAAUAAAGAUUCAAAGUCUAAAAAGAAAGAUAUUUCGUCUCUCACCCCGCAAGAACUCAAAAAUAGGGAUGAAACUUGGCGUAAUCAAGCUACCUCGGCUAUAGCAAAAGAUUUAGUAAUGAACUGUGGUAAUACUGAUCCCUUCCUUAAGCAGUACAAUUUCAUGAAUUAUUUGAAGCCUUUUAUUAAGUCUCGAAUAAAUGAGAUGAUAGGCAAAAGAGUGGCUGUGCCUUUAGAACAAAUAUUAGAUGAAUAUAAUCAAAGAUAUCGUCCGGGUACCCAAAAAGCUUUUCUAAAUGAUAUAAUAAAGCAGUUUCAAGAGUCAAGUACAGCAGAACGUGGAGACGUUAGUCGAGGUGUUGUUGAAGCAUCAGGAAGUGCAACUGUUGUAAAUAAAGGCAUUAAGCGCGUUGGAAACGAUGACAUCGGAAACCUAAAUCCAGCAAAGAAAUCUAAAAAUCAAUCAAAUCUACAUCCAUAUAAUGUACCACUGAACCAACAAAUUUCUACUUCAGAGCGACUUCCUAAAUAUCCGGAUGGUGAUAAAAAAGGAUAUAACAAACUCAAACGUCAGGUGACGUUUGGGGCCGUAGAUAUUGGGGACGUUUACGAAAUGGAUCCUCAGCUGAAGAAAGUGCGUGACGACGAGAUUAAUGCACUAUGUAACGUGUUCCUUGACGAAUGUAAGAACCACGCAGACGAAAAUGAAGCAAAGAUCUGCAAACGUAUAGUGACUGCCGUGGACGGAUUGAGAAACGAACUAAGGCUAAGCAUCACCAAGCGUGUUCUAAAUAUCACACAUAACAUCCCGUUAAGGUUAUACGCAAGCCAAAAAAUACAAUCAACUGAGAUAGACAAUCAUCUUAAGAAGUUGGGAAUUAUUAGUCUUAGGAAAUCUAGAGGCCGUAAAUUGUUGUACAUAGCCAUUUGUAACUCCUUUAACGCACAUGACAGACUUUGCGAUAUGGGAAGAAUGGAAAUUGGUAACCUCACUUUAUUAUUCAGACCAAUGAACAGUGGUAAAUUAAAAAAGGUAAAACAUAGCGUAGGAAAUAACGGCAAUAAGAAAGACGCUGGUUAUACUUUUCAUGAAGAUGUUACAGAUGAUAAGGAACUUUUUGAAGAUGAUGAUAUUGGUUACGAUGAGGAAGAUUACGAUGAGGAACAUAAUGAUGAUAGCGAAGUUAUUGAAUUACAAAGUGAUGAUUAUAAUGAUGUUGAAAUAAUAGACGAUACACACGGCGUCAUAUUCAUUGAUGACGAAACAAAUGUAGAAAACAAAAAUACUGACGAGGCUAAAAGUGAAAUGUCACAGACUCAGGAAGAAACAUCAAAAUCCGAAAUUAAUGUAAUAAAGAACUCUGAUAAAUCUAAUGAUAACAAAAUACAGGAAUCUGAAACUGAAAAUCUGCUUAAGGAUAUUCAAACAUUGACAGAUCGUAUAACCAAUGAAGAAAAUGUGAACGAUGUUAAUGUAAAUUCAGCUAACACUACGGAAAAAACUAAUGAUAAAGACUCUAUUGCAGUAGACGUAGAAGAUACUAAACCAAACUAUGAAGACUUGAAUAUUGAUGUCGAAAAUAUUUCACAAGAUGAUUUAGAAGAUUUUUGA